UCUCCCUCUCCUUCCUCUCUCUCUUUCUCUCUCUCUCUCUCUCUCUCUCUCUCUGAGUGCUGUAUGUUCUCUGAGCCGGUUGUUCUCCUGCUCUGAGCUGUGUGUUGAUCUCUCCUCUGUUCUCCUGUUUGAAUGUUUUCUUUGUAAGUUCUCUUUUUCUUCUUCAUGGCUGAUUCGCCACUCAACAACUCCUGGCCUUCCUUCUCCAAACUCUGGAUGAAACGAUGGUCCUUCAAAAGAGGCUCGGAGUGUAAGCCAUGCACGCAGCCGAUCAGACCGACCUCCAGCACCGGCUCCUCUUCAUCUCUGUCUCCGACCUCCAUCGCUGAGGGAUUCUUCUUCAGCGGCACCCCAGAGGACAAGAAUUACUGUCUGGUUGAGAGUGAUUUUGAGAGCAGCGUGGAUGACCUGUUGGAUUUGAACUCCUCUCUGAAAGACUCUGAGUAUUUCAGAGAUCUGCAGGCCAGCCCCAGCCUCUCUGAGACCCCCCUGCCCGUUUUAUUUCCCCCCACGUGUAAACCACAGCUCCGCCCCGCUCUGGUCCUCUACGCCCCACCACCCUGCAGCCCGUCCCACACACAGUGCGACCUCACUGUCUCACCGACACUCAGCACCAUGAACCUGCUGUGUGAACAGGGUGAGGUGACUGAGCCUGCACUCACUGCAGAUUCCACCGUGUGUGCAGAUGAACCUACAGCACCACAGGAGAUGGAUUUAGAUCUAGAAACUUUACCCAUAUUGGUCAGGUCGAUGUCCACUUCUCGCAGGCACAGUUGGGACGUCCCACUUUCUCCAGUGGGCUUGGGGAGGAGGUUCAGUCUGGACACCACCAGUAUGGACAGUGAUGUGGAGAGGGAAGAGGAGAGUUUAGCUCGGAGCUCUCCGCCUCCCUCGCUGUCUCACUCUCAGAGCUCAGGGGAGGAGUUCACUACGUCUCUAGAAACAGAGAGCUCCAAAACAUUACUGCCACCCACGUCGGGCAGGACUGUGUACGCCAGGUCUGACAUCCUGGCAUCAGAAGAAAAGACCCGCGCAGAGAAAGUCUCUCGCAUUGUGGAAACUUCCAAACAGGCUGCCAGGGCCGCAGGAGAGGAGAACGACUCAGAAGAGGGUUUGGGCUCAGCAGAUGGGCAAUGUCACAUGCUGAUGGUACAGAAAGUUCUGCAAGAGCUUAAGCUGUAUCAUGGAGUCAAACGCAUAACCUCAAGUGUGGACAGGAAAGAGUCAUCUGCCAGUGUCACCUGGUACGAGUUUCUCUCCAACGAGAAUGAGGAAGAGGAGGACAGGGCAGAGAGGACCGAGCGGGGCACCAAAGUCAAGCGCACGCUGAGCUCUCUGAGGAACCGCAUGACUGGAUCAUUCAACAAAGACAAGGGUAAGACCCGGGAAAAAGAUCAGCAGAAAGAGAAAGGCAAAGAGAGGGACAAGGAGAAAGAGAAGGAGAAAGAGAAGGAGAAAGAGAGGGAGCCGAAGGAGAAAACCCGCCGCGCAAGUUUGAUUAGCCGCAGUGCUAAUGGGCACAUGCUAGUUAACGGCUCGUUCUCCAGCCUGGCCACCUGCUCGCUGUGCAGCAAGAGCCUGCAGAGAAAGCAUGGCCUGCAGUGUCUCAACUGUGCUGUGAACGUCCACAAAAGCUGCAAGAAUCUUCUACCCGAGUGCAGCAACAGUAAGAACAAGACAAAAGAUUUUGCACAGAAGACCACUGGGGUCGUCCAGUCACAUAAUCUCACCCCCAGGGAUCCCUGCUUCACCCCUCCGCACGCUCCGGCUGCCGAUGGCUCCAGCCGCUCCGCCCGCUGUGCUCCAGGUAUGACCGUCCCGUCCCGCGGACCCAGCGCCCAGCCCGCCGCCCCCAGCAGCACCCAGCCGCUCAGCCACACCAGCAGCUCCAGCUCUAUUGCAGGGGAGAUGGAUGAAGUGGAUGCAUUCAGGAUAAAACGCUAUGCAGAGGAUGCCGUGUCUCUCGCUCCGUCUACUGCAGACUCGGUCAUUGUCGAAGAUGGGUACUAUUCCAGUGUUCGACAGGAGCUGGAUGGAAUGGCUCAGGAUUUCGAGGUGGAGUCGUGGAGUCUGGCUGUGGACCAACAGUUUCUAAAGAAACAUUCCAAAGACAUGAUCAAGAGGCAGGAUGUUAUAUACGAGCUGAUCCAGACGGAGAUGCACCACGUGCGCACCCUUAAGAUAAUGCUGCGCGUUUACGUGUACGAGCUGCGUGAGACGCUGCAGCUGGACGAGAGGAGGCUGGACUGUCUGUUCCCGCGACUGGAUAGUCUUCUGGAGCUACAUAACGACUUCCUGUCCCGCCUCAAAGAGCGCCGGAAAGAGGCUCUACAGCCGGGCAGCGAACGCAACUACACCAUCGACAGAGUGGCAGAUAUCCUCACUGAACAGUUUUCAGGGGAGCGCGGGGAACGGAUGAAGGAAAGUUACGGCGCUUUCUGCAGCCGCCACACAGAAGCCGUCAACUUCUAUAAAGAGCAACUACAGAGCAACAAGAAGUUCCAGAACCUAAUAAGGAAAAUAAGCCAUUUGUCCAUAGUGCGGCGGCUUGGUGUUCCAGAGUGUAUUCUCCUCGUGACGCAGCGCAUCACCAAGUACCCUGUCCUCGUGGAGCGACUGCUUCAGUGCACAGAAGCUGGCACUGAGGAGCAUGCAGAGCUGAGUCAGGCCCUGGAUCUGAUUAAAGACACCAUCAUGAAGGUGGACUCUCAGGUCAGCCUCUAUGAGAAGGAGAUGCGCCUCAAGGAGAUCGCCUCCAAGAUAGAGGCCAGAUCCCUCGGCAAGAUCAAAGACGGACGAAUAUUUCGGAGGGAGGACCUCACGCAGGGCAAACGGAGGCUGCUGCACGAGGGCAUGGUCAACUGGAAGGCCGCGUCUGGCAGACUGAAGGAUAUUCUAGCUGUGCUGCUCACAGAUGUACUGUUGCUUUUACAAGAGAAGGAUCAGAGAUACGUGUUUUCUGCUGUGGACAGCAAGCCGUCAGUGAUCUCUCUGCAGAAGCUGAUUGUGAGGGAGGUGGCUCAUGAGGAGAAGGCCAUGUUCCUCAUCUGCGCCUCCUCCACUGAGCCGGAGAUGUAUGAGAUCCACACGUCCUCCAAAGAGGAGCGCAACACCUGGAUCACGUGCAUCCGCCAGGCCGUGGACAGCUGCCCACACACAGAGGAGAGGCUGUUCAGUGAGGAAGAAGGAGAAGCGAGAGCUCAGCGUUUCAGGGGCAUCCAAGAGCGUCUGACUGUGAAGGAUGCUCAGAUCACGCAGGCUCUGAUGGAGAAGCUGCAGUUGUUUGCUGAGCUGGCCGAGUCUGUGGCCUGCGUGGAGGACGUUGGUUCUCGCUCUCGCCUGCUGCUCCGUGGAGACGCGUCAGACCUCCAGCAGGGGGAGCAGCUGCUUAAGGGAGCCAUUACUGAGGUUGAGAACCUGCAGAACCUGCUGGCCUCUGGUGUGAGAGGAGCUUCUCCACACCCUGAGGAAAACCAGAGCCCAGGCUCAGGGUCAGGCAUGCUGCCCAAAAGAGCGGACACGUUCGGGGGCUACGACAGUAACCCUCCUAUGCUACAGAAGAAUGGCAGUGUAAAGAAGCUCUCGAGUGGAUCAGGAAAGUCCAGAGACAGAAAUCAGCGCGCCAGUUCUGACCCCCAGCUUAAAGAGAUCUGCACCGGUCAGGGGCUGGAGGACAUGGCUGACACUUCCUCUCCCAGCUGGAACACGAUCUGGUUGAACUCCAAGUUUCCAGAGGCUGAGUUCUUUGAUCGGGUGCUGCUGCUCGCUCAGCGUCUCUACAGUCUACAGUCCAUCAUCUCGCAGCAGGACAGUCAGAUUGAGCUUCAGAGAGCGUCUCUGUUCUCAGCGGAGCGGGACCGGCCUGGCCGGCCGCGCGGCACCAACGUUCUGCUGGAGCAGGAGAAGCAGAGGAACCUGGAGAAACAACGCGAGGAGCUGGCCAACUUCCAGCGUCUGCAGGCGCAGCACCGCCAGGAGCAGGCGAGGUGGGAGCGCGAACGCGAGCGGCAGCGGCGGCAGGCCGAGGCGGCUGAGCAGAGGCUGCAGGAGAGAGAGGAGGAGUGCAGGAGGCUGGAGGCUCGGCUGGUGGAGGAGAGGCAGGAGCUGGAGAGGCAGAGGCAGACCUACCAGCAGGACCUGGAGAGGCUGAGGGAGUCCACGCGAGCUGUGGAGAAGGAGAAGGAGAAGCUGGAGCAGCAGCAGAAGAAGCUGAAAAAGCACAACACGGUGCCCAGCACCGCUUCACUGUACAUCCAGGAGACGGGACAGCUCCCAGGCUCCUCCAGUUUUAACGGCGAGCUCCUGCUGGGCAACGCCGGCGGAGACUCGAGUGUUCAGUCUCGGCAGCCGGUCCGCUCCAGCCUGUCGUUGGCCCCCGCCGAUUACCUGGAGAGGCCGGAGGUUCAUCCCCGCAGAGAGAGCAGCACACCCCUGCCCAUGAAGACCGAGGUGCCCAUCCACCUCAUCAGCACCACCAACCAGCACCACAAACAGGGAGUCGUUCAGCAGCAAAUCCCCACCAAACUCGCCACCAUGAAGUGCAAGGACAAGAGCAGCAAGGGCAAAAGCUCGCACCGCACGGACAGCUCAGCUUCAGUAGAUAUUAAGCAGAUGCUUCCUCUGAAGCUCUCAGCCAGCGAGGGCUCACUGAAGGUCCGUCGCUCCGUCAGCCCCCACCAGCAGCCUCAGCCUCCGCAGACUCUGCUCACAGAUCCCCCUGGCCUGGCAGACAACUGCCCCACUGAGCCACCGCCCAGCCAAACAGUCAGUCUGCUGCGGCCUCAGAGCCAGAAUCUGACCCCUCCAUACGCCGUCCCCGAUGAGACCGCCAAGGAGGACGUCAUAUUCUUCUGAGCGCCGCGGUGCAUGCUGGAAGAACGCUGCCUGGAGAGAACGUGUGAGGAGGUUUGCAACUGAAGGCACAAGAGCACUGCUACCUUUAUUUCUCUGAAGGAAAG